GAGAGAGACUCUGAAAUCAUUGCUGCUUGAAAUUCCCGUCCAGGUUUCCUCUGAUGGGAGAGCUGAGUGUACAAAAGAUGGCAUCCAGUCAUGUUCUUUCCCGAUAAUAACCCUCAGGAGCGACCCCGGGGUCCUUGAGACUGGGAUGAAUCUCUGGGGUGGCAGAAAGUGCCUCUGCCCCACCGUGGGAGGCAGUGGGGCACAGAGCUGCUGGUGCAUGUGGCUACCUCUCUGCUCCCCCCCUCCCAAGGCCUUGCCCUCCAUGCCCUGCCCUCUGUAAGCACACUCCAAAGAAAAAAAGAGGACACCCCCCCUCUUCUUACAACUUCCUGUGUGUGUGGUUGAUCUGCUUCCACACCAGCAUGUACCCAGCCACGUCAAUGCACUCUGCAUGGGAUCAGAGGCACUCUUGUCUACCCAAGCAUGCUGGAUGCUCCCUGAGGAGACACAGCACUAUAGACUGGGGGAGCGGAGGCAUGCAGAGAUGAGCUUUUGCUGCCGAGGACCCCCCUCCUCAAACUCUUUCUCCACACACCCAUCUCCUCCCCACCCCGCAUUCACAAACUCCCACCCCCCUUUCUCUCUCUCUCUCUCUCUCUCCCUCUCCCUGCCGGCCUCCCCCUCCUUCCGUAUCUGAUAAGCCAUCUUUAUCUCCCCACCUGAAGAGAGCCACGCAAGGGGUUGGGGUCAGGGUGCAGAAGGAGGGGCUGGGCUGAGCUGGCAACAGAAGACCCAACAGGGUGCCGGGCAUGGGUGCUUUCUCGUGGGCCCCCCCACGCCUCUGCCGCCUGCUCCUCCCUCUGGGGGUUUUCUUCCUUUUUCUCCUCUACUUCUCCAGCCGGCACCUCCCAGAUCUGCCCCACUCUGCCUGCAUCUGGGGGGGUCGGCCCUGCCCUUGGUUCGGGCAGGCACCACCUGACAAGGAGGAUGAAGAGAAGAUCCCUCCCAGGCCCGUCUCUACAGAGAUGCCCAGCUAUGGCCUCACCUCGGAGACACCAGACUCCCCAUUCCAGGAGCACCAGUUCCAGAUCCAACGCCUAAUCAGCGCCUUCAAGGCCAGCCUCACACCAAAUGAACAAAUCCUCCUGCAGGGAUACCUGAGUGGCUGGAAAGAGCUGAUCAAGUUUAUGGACGCUUUGGGUGCUGCCUUUGGGUUGAUCUCACGGGAGACCCAGAACAAGAUCAGCAUCAUGGAGCAUCACCAGCGUGGGGAGCACGGCCACCACUACCGCACCGUGCAGUCCAUGGUGACUUUUGAACUAGCCAACGGCUUGGUGGGCUUCCAGUCUCUGCCGGAGGACCAACCCCCAUCUGGCUGCCGGACUCUGCUGCGCCUCCACCGUGCCUUGAAGUGGCUGGAACUUUUCCUGCAUAAACUGAGAACCAGCAAGAAGGAUGGGGACCCUUCCCAGAUGUGUGCAGAGGCCUACCGGGAAGCCCUGGCCCCCUACCAUAGGUGGUGGGUGCGGCAGGCUGUGGCCCUGGCCUUCCUGGCCAUGCCCUCCCGCCAGGAGCUCUACCGCAUCGUCAGUCCCAAGGGGGAGCAGAAGGGCCAGGCCAUGCUCCUGGCCGCCAUAGGCAACCUUGCUCGGGUGUACAACAUCACCCAGGAGGUGUACGCCUCCCACGGGAUGCUGGAGCUACCCUGAUGCCUCCUCGAUCCGGAGACAUGGAAGGAGGACCAGCAGGGGGGGAAAAG